AGGAGUCAAAGUGAAGACAAUUAAUAAAUACAGAGAAAGGGAGAAGAAAAGUCAUCGCCAAAAAUCUGCAUAGCUAAGCUAAGAACCUCCGCGUCAAUGGCGAUUUCCAAGCUCCAGCUGCUCUUUCUUCUUUCACUCAUUCUCUCCCUUUAUCGUCAUGUUCUUUCCUUCUCUGAUGAGGAAGACCUUCUUCUUAAAAGCAUCAACAACUACAGAACAUCCUUAAAUCUAACAACACUAACACCAAACGACGACGCAUAUUGUCUCGCAGACGAAGUCUCAGACCAAUUAAAGAACCGAACCUGCACAAACACCACUGGCUUAGCUUCAGUCCCUGGAUCCGAAUCUGGAUUUAAAAACUACCCUACCCUCCUCACAAAAUGCCAUCUCAACGCAACAGCAAACGGAGACGGUGUGAUAAUGACAGCUUGUGUUCCAAAACUUGAUCCAAGCCUUGUGUUGACCAAUUUCACAAAGUCAAACUACACUAAGAACCUGAAUGAUUCUAAGUUCACUGGAAUUGGUAUUGGCUCUGAUGACGAUUGGAUUGUGGUUGUCCUCACCACAAAGACACCGGAGGGUAGCGUUUCUCCGGCGGUUAUUUACCGUACCGGAGGAGGUUUCACAUUCGGUGUUAAUGGCUUCGUUAACUAUUUUCUUUUGUUGGUUCUUCUCUUUUGUUUCUUCAUGUUUUGAGUCCCAAUCUUGUUAUUUUUGUCUUUUUCAUGUUUUAAAUAAGGUCAUUGUCUUUGUGUUUUCUCUAUCGUUUUAUUUACACUGGCAAGUUUCUUCUUCUUUUAAAGAUUCUACAACAAACAAAGAUAAGUUUUUAGUCUUGAAAUUUAUAAAAGAAUAUUAC